AUGUCGUCCUCUCAGUCUUCUCAAUCUGACGGUCUCGCCGCAUCUGCCGCCACGCCACCCGAGGCGAGUGGAGGCGCUCCGGCGGAGCCGCAAGCGGGGAGCGCGCAAGCCGCCAAAGCGCCGUUUAAGAUGCCCACACCGGAGGAGAUGGCGGCUCAGGAGAUGAUGAACCACUGCGGCGUGCGCACCGUUAUUAGUGGCGUGAUGGGGGGCGGCAUGGGGGUGAUGAUGGGUCUGCUGUUUGGUGCGUUGGAUCAGCCGUUGCAUGUGGAGGAGAUGAGCACGCGGCAGCAGCUGGUGCAUGGGUUCAAGCAGAUGGCGCAGCGCAGCUGGCACACAGGCAAGACCUUUGCCGUCAUGGGGGCGAUCUUCUCGGCAUCAGAGUGUAUGGCUGAGAAGGCGAGAGCGAGGCACGAUGAGGUCAACACGGUGGGGGAACCCUCUCAGCUAGAGUGCAUGGCGGAGAAGGCACGACCGGGGGAGCGGUGUCAGCUAGAGGUGGGUUGUCGGCUGUGCGGUGCCAAAGAGUGCAUGGCGGAGAAGGCGAGGGCGAGGCACGAUGAGGUCAACACCGUCAUUGCUGGUUGUGUCACUGGGGGGGGGCUGUCUGCUAGAGCCAGAGCGGGCCCGCAAGCAGCAUGCAUGGGGUGUGCUGGCUUUGCUGCCUUCUCACUUCUCAUUGAGAAGGUUCUAGAGCGAUACCAGUAG